CUGAGUAACCGUCGUGGAAGUCCGUUUAGACUUUACACUUUGCGCUACUUUCAUUCACAUUCAGCCACUAUUAGUACACCAACCCCCCCCUGUAAUUCACUUGUUACAGUAACUCAUGGUUUCAACACCUCCCGAUAUAUCACGUAUAACAGGGAAUGCACCUGACCAUGUCAAAUCUUUCUUAGCGGACCCCACAACGUUGGAGGAUGUUUCCGGUUUGAGCCGGACUGUACGAGGAUUCGGGUAUGAUAUAAUUGCGAGGAUGGAGGUUACGGAGGUGUCGGUGAGUAAAAAGAUGGAUGAGCCGCUAAAAGAAGAAGGAAGGGUUGUAGUGAAAAUGAAAAUCGAGCAAGAUAUGGUACACGGAGGACUGCACAUGCAUGGAGGUUGUUCGGCAUUCAUAAUCGACACAUGCACCACUUUGGCAAUGGCGGCUCUUACAUUAGGGACCGUCGGGAAGAAGUUAUCGAAUGUUUCUCUGGCACUGAACAUCUUAUAUCAUGCACCAGCAGCACUGGGGGAGGAACUGCGAAUUGUGAGCACCACUUUGACGGUUGGUGGGAGGGCGUUUUCUGCCCGGACUGAAAUGUGGAGUGAUACACACAACAGACUCGUAGCCUCAGGUGUACAUGUCAAGUUAUCGCCUUCCACAGGGAGGACACCUAAACUUUGAUACAGUAACACAAUCUUGAAUGACGAUAUUCGUUCAGGAUCGAUCUUGUAGGGAACCUUUAAGUCAUCCAAUACAUUUACAAACAUGAAAGUCGAGACCGAAGGGAAGAGAAGGGAAGCCUCUCAAC